CUUAGCCAACAAAGAGAGUUAGACUAGAAUUCAGUUCUAGCAGCAUUAUUUCUGUAUCUAUUUGGACUGCGUUGCAGACAAAACUUGCCCAAUGUGUGUUGUGGUAAGCUUGUCUUGGCUGCUGCGGCUGCUGGUGCUGACAUGAACAUCCCCUAAUCUUACUCUCCUUCAUUUCCUGCCUCAGAUCUCCCUCCCCACAGACGACGACUCAGCGAGACUCCACAUCCAUCCAUCCAUGGGGUCCGUCUUGUCCUCCCAGCCCAAAGUCAACGGCGUCCAGGACAACACUAUGCCCCCCGACCUGGAGAUGGGUCAAUCCACCAUGGAGAUCGAUCAAUGCAACAUAAUCAACAUACUGCAUUACAUGCUACCCUGUGCAUCGCCGCUGGGGCGCGUGCUGUGGGGGUUGGGCUCCCUCACCCUUGUCCUGGCCCUUACCACCGCGCUCCACCUGCCGGCCGCGGGACCUGUCUUCGCCCACUACAAGGCAGCAUAUUAUACGAUCCUUGCAUUUGUUCUCUUUGUUGCAGUGCCGGUGGAGCUGGGGACCGCCUUCUACCUCUUGCGCUGCAGCGGUGGGUGCUGCCUCCUCGCCUUUGCCAGGGGCCUCCUGCCCUGCGCCUACGUGUUGCUCCUCGUCGUCAUAGCUGUGGGUGGGUUUGUCCCCUUUAAGCUCUGAUCUCACGUGCUACGGUGUUAGUCGAUUGGUCUGGCCGAUUGAUACUUCAUUUUGAUUCUGGC